AUGGCUGUUACGGACGGGGCGGCCGUCUGUAGGAGCGGAUUCCUCGAGAUGCAUCAGCUUAUACUGCUAGGACGCGUUGUGAAGGGGCGUGAUCGUUCCGUUCACGUGAAUAAUCUAGGCCGCGGGUCGUUUGGUCCGGUCUCGGGCGUUUCGGGCCGGGCGAAUCGGAAGCGCUUUUGCACAGCUUCUGAUUCGCGCGAGUACGUCGAGAUCAGCUAUCUGCUCGUCGUGAGGGGGCUGGGCCAGUACCUGGGGAUGUCGUAUUCGCAGUACAGCAGUGUGGAAUCACUUAGUCGGUUGUCGGGCUACGAGGUCGUCGCCAUUGUGAUCAUGAUCGAGUACGACGUUCAGCCGGCUCGUCGGGAGGGUCCCAAGACCCGCCAAGACCGCCAGAAGGGUCUUUCCGUUACCCUUAAGCGGUUCAGGGUGUUCGGAGAGCAGGUCAUCUGCAGCUAG